AAAAAAUUUACCACAAAAAUGGAGGCGGUAACCGGCGAGCAGCCAAACGGCUUCCAGCAACAGAUAACGCCGUUUCCUGAGUCGUUAGAUCUAACGUCUGCGCUUGAAUCAGCCAAAUAUGAGCCGCCGCAAAAGCUGCGACCGAUCAGGCGGUCACCGGCGGAAGAUCCUUCCAGUUUUCUAGCCGAACAUCUCUGUGCCGGCGGCACUGGAGAGUCCACUGCUUUGUUUGAGACUGAAAAGGUUGGCUCCGGUUCGGUCGAGGAGAGUUUGGAUCCUAAGGCUGACUGGUGUAGUUGGGAGGACGACUCUAGCUCAUCUUCGGCUGAUGAUGGGGAUAAUUUGUUGGCUAACAGUAAAGAACCUGGAAUUCGAAAGAGGAAGAGAAAAACAAUGAUAAAGAUUGAGAGUAUUCUUGAAGGUUUGGCAAUGAGAAUAAUGGAGAAGCAAGAGCAAAUGCAUAAGCAGUUGAUAGAAUUGGUAGAGAAAAGAGAGAGGGAGAGAAUAAUAAGAGAAGAAGCUUGGAAGCAGCAAGAGAUGGAAAGGAUGAAAAGGGAAGAGGAGAUGAGAACGCAAGAGAUGUCUCGUAGCAUAGCACUCAUUUCCUUUAUCCAGAAUGUUCUAGGGCAUGAAAUUCAAAUUCCACAGCCGGGACCAGUCUCAUUUGUGGAAGAAAGUGAAACUAAAGAUGUUGGAAAUCACACUGAAAAUGACAUCAUGUGUGAUCCAAACAAUAGAAGAUGGCCGGAAGCCUGUGAUUCUAGCAGAAGAUGGCCAGAAGCUGAAGUACAAGCCCUCAUAACGCUUCGAACUGCUUCAGAACAUAAAUUUCGUUUGAUGGGCUCCAAAUGCUCCAUAUGGGACGAGAUAUCUGUUGGUAUGCGUAAUAUGGGCUAUGAUCGGAGUGCCAAGAAGUGUAAAGAAAAAUGGGAAAACAUGAAUAAGUACUUCCGAAAAUCAAUGGGGAAUGGGAAGAAGCAUCCUGAGAACAGUAAGACAUGCCCAUAUUUUCAUGACUUGGACAUCUUGUAUAGAAAUGGACUCGUUACUCCUGGAAAUACUGGACUCGUUACUCCUGGAGAUGCCGCAAACUUUAUUAACUAUGGUAAUGUUCCCAAGAUUGAAAAGGAGUAAAUAUGGAAGAAGUUAUUAUCGUUUAAACCUUUGUCAUGCACCCAGUGAUCUCAAAAUCCUGGCGACUAAUUUGUCUUUUGCGAACUUAACCCGUAUAAUGGUGGGUACCUGUCUCGUUACAUUGAUUUCAUUCUAGUGAACUUUUGUCUACAAACCUAUGAUUUUAUACCCUCUUUGAAUCCUAACAUGAAAGGUUUUUGCCAUUAU